GACUAAUGAAGAUGACAGUUAAUCGAAUAAGAGUUGUGGUCCUAGGCAGUGCACGCAGUGGAAAAUCAGCUGUGGUGGUUCGAUACCUAACAAAAAGAUAUAUCGGAGAGUACAGUUCAACUGGAGAUUUCCUAUAUCAGCAUCGUGUUUCUUUUGAUGGUGUAACAUCAGAAGUUGAGGUUUUGGAUACUUGUGGAUGUGCGAAACGUGGCUGUUUAGCGGAACAUCUUCGUUGGGGUGACGCCUUUGCAGUGGUUUACUCUGUGUGUGACCGACGCUCGUUCCUAGCCGCUGCAGAGUUGUUGGCACUUCUCGAACGGACGAGAUUGCCUGGUUGCGCUGCUGUCACUCUCCUCGGAAACAAAAGAGAUUUGGAACACGCUAGGGUGGUUAAGACAGAAGAAGGACAGGAGAUGUCAUUGCGUUUCGGGUGUCAGUUUUACGAAGUGUCAGCGGCGGAGUCGUCUGCUGGCGCUGCGUUGGCCUUCCACGCAUUAUUGCGGGAGGCACGCGCACUCGCUAUGCUGUUGCCUACUCCACGCCGCAAGCUCGCCGCUUAUUCUGUAUCUAAGGUAAUCGGUUCAAUCCUCGGUCUGAGCAACAAAAGCGUAAGAAAGAAACGACCAUCGCUCAGCAUAUGAUUCAUCGAAACGAUUAAAAUGUUGGUCUCGUUCACUCCUCGAAGGAGUUUGUUGCUUUUUCGCAAUUCGCGAAAACAUUUCUGAUGGAGUCGUGGAAUGAAGUCACGGUUGACUUGAAGCUGGAAUGAAAAGCAUUGAAUGCUAGCUUCACGGUUUUAGCGAUUUUAUAUACUUUUAUGGAUUUAAUUGUAUAUGCUAUAUUAGAAAAUUUUACUCACGAUGUGAUCCCUAGUAUUAAAAAAGGGGAUUUUCCUGUUAUUAUUAGAUAAAUUAAUAUUGUAGUCUAUAAUUUUACAUCAAAUAUCUUGGUUUUU